CAAGACACCGCAUUAGCCCAAACCCAUAAGAAUUCUAAAUACUUCGAUUCUGAUCAUCUGAUUCAUUCAACAUCAAAAUGCGCUUCAACACCACCCUCCCAAUUCUCAUCCCUCUCCUCCUCACCCUCCUCUUUACCUCCACCCAUGCAGCCACCUUCGACAUCCUCAACAAAUGCACCUACACCGUCUGGGCAGCCGCCUCCCCUGGCGGCGGACGGAGACUUGACUCCGGCCAGUCCUGGACAAUCACCGUCAAGCCCGGCACCACCAAUGCUCGCAUCUGGGGCCGAACCUCAUGCACCUUCGACGCCAAUGGGCGUGGCAAAUGCAAAACUGGUGACUGCAAUGGCCUCCUCAAUUGCCAGGGCUACGGUUCACCCCCAAACACCCUCGCCGAAUUCGCUCUAAACCAGCCCAAUAACCUUGACUACAUCGACAUCUCCCUUGUCGAUGGCUUCAACAUCCCCAUGGGCUUCAGCCCCACCACCAGCGCCUGCCGCGGCAUCCAGUGCUCCGCUAACAUCAAUGGGCAAUGCCCCAGUGAGUUGAAGGCCCCCGAUGGAUGCAACAACCCGUGUACAGUGUUCAAGACCAAUAAUUACUGUUGCACUAAUGGACCUGGAAGCUGUGGUCCGACCACAUACUCCAAAUUCUUCAAGGACAGGUGCCCAGAUGCUUAUAGCUAUCCUCAGGAUGAUAAAACCAGCUUGUUCACCUGUCCUUCUGGUGUCAACUACAAGGUCACGUUUUGCCCUUGAAAGUUGGAACUCAUUUUCCUUCACUUUCUUGGUGAAUGAAAAGAGUACAAGACACCCAGGAAAGUUCUAGUUUUCAGCCUAAAGAAUAAUAAAUUUGUGCACGUAAUGAUAGUAUUGUGCGCAUGUGAUGUGAUAAUCAGUCUGUAAUGUGAUUCCAGUGAAAAAUAAAUGAAGAAGCCUAGUUACUCAUUUUCACCUUGGA